AUGCCUGGGCGACGCGUCCUCCGACUGGCCACGGCCGCGCUCCUGCUAGGCGCUUCAUCUCUCGCAAUAGCCCACGGACACGAUGACCAGCACAUGGACAUGGGCGGAGAGAUGCACGGCGGAAAUGGCAGCAGCUCAGCGCUGUGGUACGACGGCACUCCGAUCACAGACCGCCCGCGCAGCUACUUCAGCUUGUCCGAGCACGCCGGCCUGAUGUAUCUCCAUAUCCUCUUCAUGGUUGUCGGUUGGGUCGUUGUACUUCCAGUCGGCCUGAUGUUCAGCAUCGCUCGUUCCCGGUACACGCUUCCUGCUCAAGCUCUCUUUCUAGCCCUGAACGGACUGGGCCUUCUCCUUGGCGUGAUCUAUGACCGUUCAACUCCGGACCUUUACGAGAACAACACGCACGGGAAGAUCGGCUGGGCCAUUACGUGGAUCGCAUCCGCUUGGGUGCUGAUGGGCGUUGUAAACCUCUAUACAAGCAGAGCCAAGGCUCAAGUCCCUGGGAAAUUGUCGGCAGCGGUCAUGGCCCAGUAUCACCGGCUCCAGCAGAUCCAGGCUGAAAAUGCGAAUUCGAGCAGGUGGUCGAACGAUUCGGGGCACGGCACCGAGCGCAACACCGCCUCACUCUACGACAGUUCCCGUUCUCCCAGCUUGGGGUCCGAGGACCAUCAGUUCUCUGAAGCGCAACAAUCUCCAGAUCACGCGGAUGAUGACGAGGACGAGGAAGUGGAUGGCGAGAAACAGGGCUUUUUGCGUAAUACUAAGGUCGACCGGUUUCUUUCACGUAAUCUGCCUAAACUGGCUUCUGGUCCGACCUUGGCCACGGUGCGCUUCUUCUAUGUUGCAAUAGAACGCACGAUCAUUCUUCUCGGUUUCGCCGGCAUUGCGACCGGAGCUGUUGUUUACGGAGGCAUUGCUCGCGGCAAUGCGGUUUUCAAUAUCCUCGCCCAUUUCGUCAAAGGUGGAAUCUUCUUCUGGUAUGGCCUACUCACACUGGGUCGAUGGAUGGGCUGCUUUGCCGAUCUCGGUUGGGCGUGGAAUAUUAAGCCAGCAAAGGAGAUUGUUGGUCGUCGAAAAGCUGCCAUUCCAUCGGCCGAGUUUACUGAAUCCUUCGUCAUCUGGCUGUACGGUGCUUCGAACGUCUUCUUAGAGCAUUUGGCCUCCUGGGGUGGAAAAUGGACUCCUCAAGAUUUGGAACACGUCUCUAUCUCUAUCAUGUUCUUUGGAGGAGGUGCACUGGGCAUGCUCAUCGAAUCCCGAAAGAUCCGAGAUCUCUUGAACACGACCAUCUCGACAUCCGACAACGACACUGCGCAUGACGGUGAAGCAUGGCAGCCACCCAAGACAUACCGUGUCCCGCUCAAUCCGAUGCCCGGCCUUAUAAUCCUCCUUUUGGGUAUCAUGAUGGGCUCGCAUCACCAGGCUUCGAUGUUGUCUACCAUGAUACACAAGCAAUGGGGCACACUAUUCGUCGGCUUCUCUAUGGCGAGAGCAUUGACAUACAUCUUGCUCUACCUCUCGCCGCCAACUUCGUACCUGCCUGCGCGGCCACCAACUGAACUAAUCACGUCGUUUUGCUUGAUUGCCGGCGGCCUCAUUUUUAUAGAGAGCAAUAAAGACACCGUCGCGCUGCUCGGAUCCUACAACCUCGACGCUAUGUUCACCUUCACAGUGACCAUGGGCUUCACCGCCCUCCUUAUGGCCUGGACGACCUUCGUCCUCGCGAUUAAGGGCUGGGCCGUGCGGCGCGAGUCACCAAUCUCGACAAUGAGUUCCUUUCCUCAGCAUAGCGCCGGCACCUUGGCGUAA